AUGUACUCCCCCCAUUGGCCCGAUCGGACCGACUCGGUCAAGGAUGCUGGGAUUGGGUUCCUUGUACCUGCAGCGCACGUCGCACUGGUAACUCCGUGCGCCCGCGUCUUCCGUGCCAUCCGAUGUCUUGAGAGGGCGUUACGGCAGUGCGUUGUGCAAACACCCAAGAAGGUCGAGGAACAAGCAAAUAAGGAAAACUGUACCACCGCGAGUCCGUUGCUGGCUCAGGGAUCAAAGGUGGGGACUGGACCAGAGUCGAUGUGGAUUCGAAUCCUGGCUUCUGGUCGGCUUCCUAAUUGGGAUUAG